AUGGCGGAGAGGGAAGCAGGUGAUAGCGACAAGACCACGAAAUCACCUGAAGAUGAGAACUCGGAGGCUAAUGUAUUGCUGCAGACCCAGGACCUUAAAAGCAUCCUGGUCACCAGCGUUUUAAACUUGGAAGAGCUGGACGUCGACCUGUACAGAGGGACGCACCACUGGGUGCCCCGCAGUCAGCGUUUGUUUGGAGGUCAAAUAGUGGGUCAGGCCCUCGUAGCCGCCGCCAAAUCUGUCGGCGACAACCUCUUUGCCCAUUCUCUCCACUGCUACUUUGUACGAGCAGGGGAUCCGACGGUUCCAGUGCUGUACCAGGUGGAACGCACGAGAGACGGCCGCAGUUUCGCCGUGCGCUCCGUGAAGGCCAUCCAGCAUGGGCAGCCUAUCCUGACGUGCCAGGCCUCCUUCCACAUGCUGCAGCAGAGUCCCGUGCAGCACCAGUUCACCAUGCCGUCGGUCCCGCAGCCGGAAGACCUCCUCACGGUGGAGGAGCUCAUUCAUCUCUAUCUCAGUAAACCAGACCUGGCAGAGGCGUCGAAGCAAGGCCUGAACAAAUUGCUGGCCAACGAGGUCCCCAUCGAGUUUAAGCCCGUCAACCCGCCGUCCUUCUACGGACGCACUGCGAGCGAGCCGAAGAAGCUGUUCUGGGUGCGAGCGCGGGGACACAUCGGUGAGGGCAACAUGAAGCUGCACUGCUGCGUCGCCGCUUAUGUGUCCGACUUUGCAUUUCUGGACACGGCGCUGCUGCCCUAUCCCGACUACAGGGCCCACUUCUCGGCCUCCCUGGACCACGCCAUGUGGUUCCACAACACUUUCCGCACAGAUGAGUGGAUGCUGUAUGAGUGCGAGAGCCCUUGGGCAGGGGGCAGCAGAGGGCUGGUUCAGGGCCGGCUGUGGAGAAGAGACGGGGUGCUGGCUGCCUCGUGUUCCCAGGAGGGGGUCCUUAGAGUGAAGCCAAUCACGAGGUCCAGCAAACUUUAAUCUUUAAACUUUCAUGAGAUUUCUUUUUUCACUCUAAUAAUAUAAAAAUAUUUGUAAAACAAAUGUUUAAAAUGUUUAAUAUAUAACAAAUGCUUAUUUUAUUAGGAACUUGCUCCAAUGUAAUUGUUAUACUAUCAAUAAAGACUGAAAAGAUUUUUAAUGAA